AUGAGAACGGGAUGCAGACAAUGCUCCAAACGUCGCAUCACAUGCGAUUUGCAUAGUCCGGUGUGUCAGAAGUGUGCAACGAAAGGGCUGGAGUGUAGUGGGAUUGGGUUUCAGUGGAGGUUUGUUGAUGGGGUGGCGAAGCGCGCGAAACGGACUAUCCAAGAAGACGAUGGGGAGGGGAGGGUGAGGAAGCGUGUGCGAAAAGGUGAGGUUGGGAGGGGUUUGGGGGAGCGAAGGGUUGGAGGUGAAGAAGACUGUGCUGCUCUUCGCGAAGAAACCGGUGAGAGGGGAUGUGAAGUCGAGCAUACACUGGUUCAGUCUUCCAGCUUACCAGCAGACGAGACCGAGGACGCGACUUUAGUAUACCAGGGGACUCCGGCCAGCAGAAGCGUGGCCUUGCCAGUGUUUGACUUGUCCUCUGCUUUGCUGCUCGAGCCACUGAAGCCUGGAAUUUCUAUGCUAUUCAAUCAUUUCUCAACUCACAUUGCUCCUGCGAUGGUGGCAUUCGAAACCGAUUCCAACGGCUAUCGCCACCUCGUACUUCCCAUUGCGAUGCAAGAUGAACUCGUACAAAAUGCUGUGUGCGUUGUUUCGGCAUUUCAUCUUGGCCUUUCUCGAUCUCAGGCUUCUGCGAGUGCCGAAGCAGGACGGUCAGCCAUCAUUAGACGGCUGCGAGCAAAUGUCGCAGAAGGUGACGACGCACGAGUCUUCAAUUAUUCGACUUUGAUGACUUUGCUGGUUCUUCUUGUCGGCGAGACUGUCACUGGAUCAAGUGAAUUCGCUUACUUGUUCAAUAUGUUGGCAGCGACUGUCAAGGAUGGCCGGGCAAUUGCUCGAGCGCCGCCUGAGACUCGGGAGUUUCUUGUGCAGCAAACUAGGAUGUUCGAGCUCUUCACUCCAGCAUUCAUCGACUCUGAAGCCGGCAUGAACAUCCUCGGCGGCAACUUGGACUCCUACUUAGGCUGGUUACUGACCUGUCAAACUUCCAACCCGGCAUGGACGCAUCUAAUCGCCAUUUACAAGCACGCGAUCGAACUGGCAAGGGACAUCUAUCUACUGGAAAAGGCAGUACCAUCCAGCCGAGAUCAAAUCCAAUCGAAAGUGACAUGCGUGCGAUCUCUUACAGAGCAGAUCGGGAUCGACACGCCUGGCAUGCAUUGUCUUGUGUGGGCAUAUUUCAUUGCUGCUGCGAGUAGUACAAUUCUGACUGAUCGACAUUACUUUGAAGUGAAACUUCGCGAGAUAUAUCGGAAGACGAGGAUGAAUAAUAUACUGGCCGCUUUGGAAAGUCUGGAGCGUAUCUGGCAAGAUUUUCCUAACGGAGGCUGGAAUUUGGGACUUGGGACUUUGAGACCGGUAUUACCAAUGUGA